GCGAAGCGGAAAAGCACGCAAAGCCUCCGAUGCUCCGCGAUGUCCCCCUUCCACAAGGCGCGGACAGAGAACCUGCCUCGCUUUCCACACAUUCUUUCGACGGGGUGGGAAACACUCCAUCGUCACACAUCGUAAACGGCCAUCUUGGUCGCCGUUUGAUAGUCAAGCCGGCUUUCCACCCAACUCCAAUAGGCUAGGCGCUACACCACCUAUCGCGGGCUACCAGGCCCUCGAAGUCUCGUUAGACAUGGACCUGCAGGCGAUAUGCGCUCACUUCGAGCAGACCUGUGCGGACUUUCAGGUUCCAGAUCGCCGUAUACAAGCGGAGAAGAACAUGGUCCAGUUUCGUAGCACGCCGAACUUGCUGCCGGUUUGCAAAUACAUCCUAGAGCACACCGAAAAGCCCGACGUCAAAUUCCACGUCCUCCUGUCACUGAAAGAGUCUGCAGCUCGCGAGUAUGCCCUCCACCCCCGGCAGGAGAUACACGCCCUACGCGAAUGGCUGCUGAACUAUGCGAUAACCCGAUUCGACCACUUACCGACGUAUGUGCGGAACUCUGUGUUGUACCCGAUCGCUGUGAUCGUGAAACGGGGGUCGCUGGAAGAGUCGGCGGAGGAGAAACAGGCGUUUUUGUCGCGGGUGACGGAUUUGUUGAAUGGGGAUAAGAAGCAGAGUCAGAUUGCGCUAUGUCUCUUUGCGGCGUUGCUGGACGAGUUUUCGUCGACGAGGGCGAGCGCUGUAGGGCUUCCGUACGACUUCCAUGUGAAGAGUCGUCAGCUCUUCGAGGAAGGGGAGCUACGACACAUCUUCCAAGUCGUCUACCAUGUCCUGCAGCACUUCAUGAACACCAAAGAGUAUCUUCAGGACGCUUUGAGCUCGGAACUGCUGAUUACUGCCAUGUCGGUGGCUCAAAAGGCUGUGGAUUGGGAGUUCCUGACACCUGAGGAGAAUGCGUUAUCCGGAUCCUUUAGGACGAAUCAGGAGGAACGACGGACGUCUCAGCCUGGAUAUUUUCCAGCAUCUUGGAAGGAGUUCAUCGUCAGACCGGACGUGAUCGAUCUGUUCUUCCAGUUGAACAGCACAUUCAGAGAUGAGGGGCGGUUAGGAGACUCGGCGCGGCAUUGUCUAACGGACCUGGCCGCCGUCCAUGGACCCGUGUUUCACGUAGCGGAUCCGAAUGGACACGUCAUAAAGGACCAGGCAGGACGGGUGCUGGAAGACACCAACGCGCUACGGGCUUAUAUCGGCCACUUCCUGAAACGGUUCUUGACAGUGCUCACCGACUUCUUGCCCCGCUUCGAUUCAGAAGUCGAAAUGGGUCUAGCCAGCGAACUCAUCUGCAUCACAUCCGUCUGCAAACGGAUCAUCUUCACCCACCCCUUACGCGUCAUCGCCGGCGUUCCAGAGUUCCUUCCUUUCCUGCAUGAGCUGGGGACACUCACGAUAAAAUGCUACCGACGCACGGGUUGCGAUGAUGAGGAUUGGAGCAGCUGCACGCAGGAGGAGGGAGAUGAUUUGCUGGAUGUUUGGGCGGAUCUAGUUGAGAAAGCCGAGAUCUACACCGAAGAACAAACAGCACUACAGAGCACAGGCGCCAAAGCCGGGAACGACUUUGACUUCCCCAACUUCAUGAAAUUCCUAACCGAUGUCGCCUUCCAUGUGUUUGACGCGUAUGUGGAGAUGCGGUUGGAAGUGGCGAAACAAGCUGUGGAGGAUGAUGCGGAUGAUGAUAUGGUCAAGGACGAGUACAUGUAUGAGGAGCAGCUGGUUUCAGCAGCCAUCAUCGGAAGACUAGAUCCUCGGAAACCGCUGGAGAAGCUGCAGGCACUUGUUGAUGAUCGGCUGGGCCGGAUACGGAAGGUCUUUGAGGGCGCAGAGCAUGCCGAUGACCUCGCGUGGCUGCAGGAGCACUUGCACUGGCUCGCGCUGUUUUCCGGGCACUUGUUGGCGUACGGCGGGACUGGGGAAAAGCGGGAGAUUCCGCGGUCGUUGCUGGCUUUGUCGAUGGCUUCUGCGGAGAAUGCAGAUCCAGUGGUCAAGCUCGCGUUGACGUUGCUGUAUGCUUUGGAUGUUGUGUCUGUCAAUCCCAACAGCCCAUCGUUCAGCCUCUGCAGCCCCCUCCUCUGCGAGACCCUCCUCUGGUUCAUCGAACGCUGGAGCCAGACUUACCUCUUCCUCCCCGCAGAAGAACUGCACACACAUUCGCUCAUGCGUGCCUUUGGUAGGGACGGCGGAGGCCCCGCGGUCCUGGACGGGAUCAUGAACAUGCUAGAGAAGAAUUUUGACAUGUGGCCCGGUCAAGAGGAUCUGCUGAUGCAGAUUGUUAGCCUGUUGAGCACGUUCUCGAAAGUGCCGGGCAUCCGGAACGCCCUUGUGCUUUCGGAUCGGUUCCAGAAACUCAUUGUGUUCUUUUUGGGCAGUUUGAGUAAACUUACUGCUACAGUCCACAGCCCCCUCAUCGAGAAUAUCGCCAUAAUCGCCACCCACGCAUCCGACCCCGAAAUCCGCGCCCGCUAUUUCCACUCCAUCAGCAACGCCAUCGACACGCGCCUCCUCAGCAUCAUACAAAAUCCCACCUUCGUCCAAUCCCAUCAAACCCCGGAUACCAUCGAACUGGUCAUAAGUACAAUGGAAAUGUACAGCGGGCUCGCGCUGGCUGCCGAUGAGGCCAAUACGAAACAGGUUUUCACGGCUGUGGCGAAGCACUUUGAUGUGUUUGUGCAGCUGCUGGAGUUGUAUCGGAAUACGACGGAGGUGGAGAAGUAUAUUUUGCAGGUUUUUGCAAAUCUGAUUCGGUGCCAGUCAUUUGAGGAACUGACACCAGAAGAUUGCGAGCGCCUGUACAGUUCCGUUCUCUCCGUGUUGCAAACGUACGCAAAGAAUACGGUCGGAAGAAAGCGAUCGGUGAACACGGGCGAGGAGGACGAGAUGUUUGAGGAUCUCUCGUGUAUUUUGGAUAUCUUGUCGCAACUGAUGGCUUCCCAAUAUGAAGGAAUCACCUGGGCGGAGAUUCUCGAAAAGCGGAAAGCCAAAGGAGGGACAGAUGUCGCCGAUGUGAUAUUCUACGGCAUCAACGUGGUCAUACCUUUAAUCACAGACGACAUGCUCAAGUUCCCCGAACUGUGCAGAGACUACAUCUCCCUCAUCAGCCACCUCAUCCGCUACUUCCCCGACCGACUUCCGGUCCUCCCACCACCGUUGUUAGCAGGUCUUGUCCGGUCACUCGAAUCGGGGAUGCAUAAUCCGAUGAUUGAGGUUGCGAGGAGCGCGUUUGAGGCUAUUACAUCUUUGGCGUUGUUUGUAUGGGAUGAGCCGGCUCAUGGGGGAGUCUCGAUGGAGUUCUUGCACCCGCACUUGAACAAAUUCCUGCAAAAAACUUUGGAAAUGUUUUUGUUCUUGGAGUUUGACGCUGGCCUGAUGGAGGCCGCUGGCGAAGCUUUGUUUGCUUUGGUGGUCGCCAGAGGGGCGUUCUACGACCUACUAACACAGCACCUCCUAGCCCAACAAACCUCCGCAGCGCUCGCGCAACGUCUACGCAACGCUUUAUCGCUCCUCAACGCUGGAAUUUCGGAAACAGCCCGGGAUCAAGCAGCAGGAGGUAUCCUCCGUGUUGCGCGGCUGGAAGGGUGCAUUGCGACGGCGGGAGGACGGCUGUGGUUAACGGCUUAUAGAAAGCGGCUGGAGGCGUUUUUGGUGAACGUGAGGGGAUUUCUGAGGGUGAAAUGAUGGGUGGGAAGAGGCGCUAUGUAGUGUACAGAUUAGUUGUGGAAGUGUUCCUCUGGUAGUACCCCUU